AUGGUCGACGAGAAAUCCAAUUCUAUGGUGUCAUCGACAUGGGGACCUGCUUGGGGAUCAUACCUAUACCAGAACUUCUUGUUAUCCAACAACAAUGCAUCUGCACCUGCUCCCACUACCAUGGACUGGCUCAACGCCACCAGUCAACCAUUGCUCAAUAACAAUGACAAUAAUUCUUCGGCAGGAGAUUACUUCGGUCUACCGGCAAACAACCAUAACCACAAUCUCAACCCGACCGAAUGGGCGGACAACGCCGCCCCGACGGUCAUUGACGUCAAGACCGAGGUGGAUGACUCCAAAAUUAGCAACAACCAAUUACAACUACAACUACAAUAUCAACAACAGCAACAGCAGCAACAGCGACAGCGUGUUCAGGAGCCAGGCCAAGCAGGUCCAUCAAGUUUCUUUCCUCAGUUUUACUUCCCCUCCUCGGGAGGCAUCAAUACAUCGUUAUUAACCCAAACUCAGAAUCAAGGACAAGGUCAAAAUGAAUACGAGUUUGAUUAUUCACCUGAAUCCACCAUCGAUCCAUACAACCCCAUCCCCCUCUCGGCUAUAUCAACUUCCACUAAUGGAGUUGAGCGAGGAUCGACCGACUCAGUGCACAUGGUCGAUAACUCCUUGACUAGAUCACCAUCACCUAUCUCAUCUCUUGUGGUCAGCCCGCACGAAUCGCCUUUGCCUAGGCCAGUUCGCAUGAGGAAAUCCAAAGGGAGACCAAAAGCCAGUGGGAAAAAAAGAAGUCAUUCACAUUCGGUUUUAUCGGAUUCGGAAGUAUCAGCGUCCCAUUCGCACGACGAUCAUGAUCACGAUCACGACCAUGAGCAUGAACCGGAGGUACCGGAAGGAGUAGAAAGGGAUGGUAUGAUUUGGGGUAUGAAGGUUGAAGAUUAUCGAGCUUUGAGUGCGAGGGAGAGAAAGAGAGUGAGGAAUAGGAUUUCAGCUAGGACAUUCAGAGCGAAGAGGAAGGAACACUUAACUUCGCUCGAACAUGAUCUUGGUGAGAAAGACCUCCAAAUCAAGAUAGCGAAUGAUGAAGCCAAUAGACUCAGAAAGGAAGUCGCUGAGCUCAAACGAAAAUUAGCUAAAUACGAAAAGCAAUAUUAG